UCAACAAAAACAACGAUCGUUAACGAUGUGGAUUGAGCCAAGGGAGAUUCUGAUUGCGUCGGGACUUUGGGCGACGGAGAAACGGUCGACGUUCUUCUCGCUACAACGGCGCAAAGGUCAUGGCUCUCGUGGUUUGUCUUCCGUUCUGCUCGGGACAGUCGAUUCAAUCCUAUACAACAAUAAGCCGGCACCGUUUCGCGUUAUCCAUCAUACGCCGAGCUCUGAAGUGAGCUGGGCCGUAGCUGAAGCCUUUCAGCAUGUUGAUAUUGAACGGGAUUGGCAGUGGCUGAUUGACAAUCUCUCGCCAACUCUCGAACAGUGCGAUGGUGAAGACCAAAUGACGGACAUCGUGAAGUGCAAAGUCACUUCACUGCUAAUGCAGAGCUUGCAGGCCUCUGGCGGAUGCCCAGACACCACCGAUCCAGACUUCCAAAACACGCUGUCGAGUUUCCGCCAACGUUUCAAUAUGCCAGAAGAGAAGUUAGUUAAUUAUUAUUCGUGCAACCUGCUGAAGAAUAGGGUCCCUCGACAGGGCUGGCUCUAUUUGUCAGUGAACACGAUGUGUUUUUACUCUUAUUUGCUAGGCAAAGAAACAAAGAUCAUUCUGCGCUGGACAGAAAUCAGCGUGCUGGAGAAAAGCCGAAAUUUCCUAUUUCCUGAGUCCAUUCACAUAGUGACGCGUGAUGACAAAGAGUACCUGUUCUCGCUAUUUACCUCAAUCAAGGAGACGUUUCAACUAAUGGAGCAGCUGGCCAACCUCGCCAUGCGACAGAUCAUAUCUGAGGAGGCGUACGAAGAAGAUCCAAAUGUGUUUUAUCGCAUGGUCAAAAACAUGCAGCGGAAGGGGUCGUUAGUUAAGCGCGAUCUGGACGCACGAGCUCAGUCCGAGUCGUAUCGGCUACGAUUUCGCCUGUCAAGUGACGAACGGCUAGAUGGAACCAUUGAAUGCUCACUGUUCACCCCCUACGACAAGAAAACAGUCUGGGGCAAACUCUUCUUCUCGAGUAACUACUUAUGUUUUGAUAGCCGCGUGCGAAACCUCGUGCGAGUGAUCAUUCCACUAAGAAAUGUUAUCAUGGCUGAGAAAACAGUCCUCACCUUUGGGUCGCGUCAACACGGCAUCCUUGUCAAUUGCAAAGAUGGCAAUACGUUCAUGUUUUCGGAGAUAGAUAAAAGCGAGCUGGACACAGUCGUCAAGAAAAUCAGUGACCUUCUGAGAUUACCACCAACCAAAGUUCUACUGCCGCAUGGAGACACGCCACGAUCCGAUGUUCGCUGGAAGUUGACUCCACCUCUUGUGCAACUUUUCCCGCUGAAGUAUACCGAUGAGGGAGCAUCGAAGAUGCAGGCGCAAAGUGCGAAAUGGGAGCACCAUUUCGUCGAGUAUUGUCGUGGAGUAAGUAGUUACCGCACAUUCGAAACGAUGGAACUUGUGCUUCAGGGAAUUCCCGACAAAUACCGCGGAGAAAUUUGGAUGCUGUACUCAGGCGCACUCAAUGAUAUGCAGCGCAACCCUGGUUAUUAUCAAUGGCUUGUUGAGGCUAGCCAAUCAAGGUCUAAAGCGUCGAUGGCUGCCGAUGAGAUCGAACGCGAUUUGCACCGUUCUCUGCCCGAACACCCUGCAUAUCAGGAUACUGUUGGUAUUGAUGCCCUCCGUCGAGUAUUAAACGCAUAUGCCUUCAAAAAUCCUCACAUUGGAUAUUGUCAAGCAAUGAACAUAGUUGCCAGUGUUCUUUUGUUAUACAACUGCGAAGAAGAGGCAUUUUGGUUGCUGGCCGCCAUGUGCGAACGCCUACUACCGGACUACUACAACACGAAGGUAAUCGGAGCACAGAUCGACCAACGGGUCCUACAGGAUCUCGUCAAGGACAACUUGGGCCUGCUUCACGACAAGCUUGAAGCGCUUGGAAUUCUGUCGAUGAUCUCUAUCUCAUGGUUUUUGACUUUGUUCCUUAGUGUUAUGCCAUUUGAGGCCGUUGUGCAGAUUAUGGACUGCUUCUUCUACGAUGGUCCUAAGGUCAUCUUCCAGGUGGCGUUGGCAAUUUUAGACAAAAAUAAGAAGGCUCUUUCCGAGGUUGUUGACGACGGGUCCGCUCUUGCUAUCCUAAACAAGUUUCUGGGCGGUAUCACGAACGUGACAGGGCCCAUCGUUCAGAGUAAGCAGCUACCUCUUACUGAGGAAGAAACAACCGACAUCAGCACCCUCCUUGACUAUGCCUAUCGAACGUACAACUUCAUUAGUGAAGAGAUGAUCGAGAAGCUUCGAAAUAAGCAUCGGCUUCUAGUAGUACAAGACUUAGACGCACAAUCGAGCACGCAGGUUCUUCGAUCACUGAACUCGGACAUGAUGCUGAGACAGCUGUUAAAAGAAAGCGAUGCCCUGGAUCUAUUGCAUCUGGUCAAGAAAGAACAACAGCUAAGUAGCCGCCGGCCCGGAUUUCAUAAUUUGGCGCCGAAAACCGACCCUCUGCUUCCCGUCUACGAGCAGUAUAAUCUCGAUUUUGAGCACUUCAGCAAACUAUACCAGCAGAUCUGCGACUCGAUGUGGUACACCGGUGACCAUCCGGAACAGCUGAUGUUGCGAAUGUUCCAUCUUUUCGACGAAAACGAAGAUGAUUUCAUAAAUUUUCGUGAACUCUGCCAACUCGUAGCUGUUCUGUGCUACGGAGAUUUGGAGCAUCGCUUGGGACUUAUCUAUUCGGCGCACCUAGUGAAAAGUGUAGCGGCAGAUGAACCUUCACCGCUGGAGCUACUUGAGGACACUGAAACGGCAACCGAAGCCGAAGAGUACUUCGCGAAGAGCACAAGUGAGGACAAUGUCGAGUUCAAAAAUUUGUCGACCUACACACACGCGUCGCUGCUUGACGCGCUCGUCUGGAGUCGCCAGCAGAGCGGACAUUGGCCGACCUCGCAGAGGUCACCGUCUGUGAGCUCAAUGAACCUCGAUGAGAUUUUUCAGGAGCUGCCUGACAUGAAUCAGAAACAGUUUAUGGCCAUGUUCACUAGCUUAUACAGACUCUUUGUUGGACACCCGCGAGAAAACGACUUUGUGAAAUCGCUGGCUAAUAUCAGCACGAUUCUCCUGCAGACAGGUGAACUUCAGCAGAAGAUUGAACGAUCUGCAUCACGAGAAACGGCAACCGCGUCCCAGCAGCACAUAGCUGAUGGUGCUUCAAGUCGGGGUACGUCGACUUCGGAAGGUAGUGCGGGUGGCGAUGGGAUUGCUCGCCAGCAAGACCGAUGGAACAUCCAGUGGUACCUAUCCUUUAGCCAGUUUCGUAAUACACUACGAAUCGAUGAUACGUUGUGCAAUUUUUUCUCCCUUAAAUUGCCCCUGUCGGAGAAGCUAACCGCAAUCAGGAAAAACAAGCUAUAAGGCACAACACUUCAUUGUAUCCCUGGGGCAUUCUCGAGUUUUCGAGAACCGUAAUAAUUAUAAUGCAUCUGUGGCACAAGUUAAGAAUAGAAAUCAUGCCAAGCAGACGAAAGUUAAAGAAAAAAGCUUUUCAAUUUGUUCAUCAUAAGCAUGUAUCUAUAAUCGCUCGGGACACGUUUGCGUGGAAUGGACGGGAGCCAUAUCGACCGUUCAGGUUCACUGAAACAACAAAAGAAUUUCAUUGCAUCGUUGUGAUCCGUUCCGCCACUGUGUUGUCGUAGCCGUCCAAAAUUGCAUUUAUCUAUGAUGCAAAUGACAUUGAUAUAUUUGUUAGUGUAAGUUCAGCGACUAAUUGACCCCGUAGUUCUAGAUAAUAGGGCUGUUAGCGUUGAUCGAAGUGAGUGACAAAAGCAAAGAGGUCCGAACAAUCUGUAUCCUACGAAGCCGACUUUUCACCGCAAACCGAAAGAGCGUUAUACUUGACUUGUUGAUUGAUUAAUAAAUAAUACAGCAAUGUAGUAUAUUUUCACGGGAAAAUGGUGCAAUGAUAAAUGCUAUAUAAUAACGAGACACAAGUUUAACUCAAUUUCAUUUGCAAGCUCAGACGUCAUAGAAUGAUGCAAAUCUUAAAGAAGUAUGAACCUAUAUAUAAAUAUAUAUGAUACAGAAGUUGGUAUAUGCUUUAAUGGCUAUUUAAAAAAAGAAGAAGAAAUAAGCGUAGUGCUAUAUAAAAAAAAAAGCCUGUAUAAAGGAUGAAGUAAAAUAAAGAGUUUUCUAUGGCGAAAGAGGCGCCAAAUUUCAGAGCAUUCCUAACUAAACUCGAUAGGAACACGUGUGUCACGUAUUGUUUUUUUUCAAGACUAAAAGCCUAGUUCGUUUGGAAAUCUUUACUCACGAAGACAGUUAUACAGAAAACCCUGUAAGCGUAUCUAAGCGCCACAAAUACGUGACCGAGAAAUAUACACUGAGUAAGUGACUUGCUUAUGACCUAUUAGUAAGCGGCAGAUAUCCAUGAUUUAUGGUCUUGCAAUCGGCUUUGUCGAUUCUUUAUGGUGAGGACCAAAAUAAAACAACAUUCACAGGAAAGUUGAAAAGACAGUUCUAUAUCGACUACAUAAACAGAAAAAACGUGUGCAAGAAGGCAAAAAAUAAAUCGGUGAGAGAUGUAAAACAGACAAGUUAAGUAUGUAUCAGAACGCCUUGGUGGAGAUUCUGCUAGGACUCCGCAAGGAUGUGUAAGUCAGUGACAGAUUCGCAUGCGCCUACCGACAAUUAGGGCCCGAUACUUUCAAUGUUCGUCGAAAUGUAUUUUUAAGAGGAAAUAUGAUUGUCGAAAGAAAUGAUGCAAUAUAAAAUGUGUUCUUUGUUUUCUCUCUCUUUUUCUCUAUGUAUGUGUGCCAUGUAGCAGUGUUCCGAAUUUGGAACAGCAGUAAGCUCCUAGUAACAAAAUUAAAAUUGUCUUAAAGUCACAGAUAUUCCAAAGUGAUUAGAAUGUGGAUCACACGGUUAACAGAAAUGAAUCAUAAAUAUUAUCUUGAGGAUAUUGCUUUGUGUAAAAAUUUUUAAUGGCGAAAUUCUUAUAUAAUGAAAUCUGUUGCGAAAGUUAUGAAAGUAAUGUUAGGUUUUUUUUUACAACAUGUAUGAUUUUCUAAAGAUUUUAUUAUUCAGGAUGAGUGAAAUGCUCCUAUAACUAAUACUGAACGAAGUACGCUAUGACGCUGGUAACAGAAAUUUUCAUAAAUAACGCUUUAUUAAUCUGAAAUGUUAUUCUAUAUAUCAUUAAUUACUAUUAUUUUUUACUAAUUUGCAAGUGUAAGUCUCUAUUAAUUAUUAGUUUUACAGGGUAUUUGGGGUGAAUUAGAAUAAAUAUCAGCUGGCUGUUUGUCGCGAUAAGCAUACGUUCGCUAUCUAUUCUUGGAAGUAAAGCUAGUUAUUAUCUCUGAAAUAAAGUAGCGCAUUUAUCAUCAAAUGAUGGUUAUUUAUCAAUAAUGAAUUUCGGAAUAUGAGUGAACACUAACGGUUGUCCAAUGUCCUCACCUUGACAGUGUUACAGUAUUGGCCAAACACUAAGGCAUAUGAGAUGCGAGAGGCGAUGUACGUAUUUCGGUCCGAAAUUGCCGCAUGCACGUUUGUACAUAUUACUUCAGUUUUUAUUUGGCAUCUGAUGUUUCAAAUAUAGCAUUAGUACAUCUACUAUAUAUAACGUGUGGCUGCUAUUUUUUACCUAUAGUAUUAAUAGGUAUCGUUUCAGUCGUCGCACGUAGGAAUGAUAAUGGACCGGGAACGAUGAGCAUUGUAAAUCAUCGUCGUCAUACUUAAUAACGAUAAUACGUAUAAUCUAAGCUGUAAUAAAGCUAUUACUUAAAUACUUUACGAAUUCAAGUACUUUACGAAUACCUUGUGCAAUAUGAACUCAUUAUCUAAAUCUGAUAGAUGCUGCAAUAUGGCUUCCGUUCACGAAAUCCCUAGUUUUCCUUAACUAGGAUAAUCACUUCGAAUAAGUCUUCUUCUACUGGGAAAGAUUAUUAAAAUGAAAAAGAUUUUGUCUUGCUAUCUACGUAAAUACGAGAGUACACUAUGUUCAAGAUUGUUGGCAAGAUGUUUGGCGAGCCCCAUGAUGGCGUAGUAAAUAACCUAUUCGCGUUCUAAAGAUAUAUGGUGAUUUAUGCUCAAGUACCGGACGCAAAAAGUGGGAGCAUGAAGAGGGAC